UCAAACAGGAUAUAACAAAAUAAAAGGAAGAAACAUUCACAUGUAAUAGGAGCAAAACACCGAUAAGUUAAAAACGCAGUAAAAACGAGCGGGGAGGCGUUAUAGGGAAUUAAUAUUCAUUUCAGCAGUAGAUUUUUUCGAUCCGACGGCGCAGAUUCCUCCAGAUCUUGAUCCAACGGACGAGAACGCAUCCAGAAAUCGCAUCCAACGGUCAGGAAUCACUGAGCUCUAAGGAGGCUUGUGGUCACAUUCUUCUUUAUCUCUUGAUAGCUCAGGAUUUUGUUGGCAGCAAUAAUAUUAGUCUCCUGGAGCCUCGUGGCCAGUUUGGCACCCGAAAUUCGGGCGGCAAGGAUGCUGCUACUCCUAAGUACAUCUGCACUAUGUUGCCGCGUAUCGCCCGCUUAAUUUUUCCAAAGGAUGAUGAUGUUCUUCUGAACUAUUUGCAUGAGGAGGGGGUGUCAAUUGAACCCAGCUGGUAUAUGCCGAUCAUUCCCAUGGUUCUAGUUAAUGGAGCUGAAGGCAUUGGCACUGGAUGGAGCACGUUUGUUCCAAAUUAUAAUCCAAGAGACAUUAUUUCUAAUCUGAAAAGGCUCCUUAAAAAGGAGAAUCUUGUACCCAUGGAUCCCUGGUACAAGGGGUUCAAGGGCUCCGUGAAAAAGAGAUCUUCAGAGGAAUCUGGAUCCGCAUAUACCGUGACAGGUGUUAUAGAGCAGGUUUCUGACACCAAGCUUAGGAUCACUGAGCUUCCCAUCCACCGAUGGACAUAUGAUUAUAAAGACUUCCUUGUAUCCAGUUGUCUGAACAUUCAAAAGGAAAAGAGCAAGCACAAGAACAAGGAACCACCGUUUCUCGAGGAUUUUAAAUCAUAUUGUGACCAUGAAACUGUGAACUUUGAAGUCCUCCUGAGUGAGCAAGAGAUGAAUAAUGCUAAGCAAGAAGGCCUUGAGAAAAAAUUCAAGCUGACAGACGUAAUAGGAACCACAAACAUGCACCUGUUUGACCCAGAGGGUAAAAUCCGAAAGUACGACACUCCGGAGGACAUUCUUGAAGAGUUCUUCGGUUUGAGGCUGGAAUUCUAUGCUAGAAGAAAGCAAGUAAUGCUGGAAGUGCUUGAGAAAGAGCUGCGGAAGCUUGAGAACAGAGUUAGGUUCAUUAUGGCUCUUCUUGCUGGGGAUAUCAUAGUGAAUCACAGUAUGUUGGCUGACCUAUUGCUUGUACUGGGGCAACAAAGAUAUGAUCCUUUCCCAAAGAAGGCCAGAGAAGAGCCAAUCGCUGUAGGAGAUACAGAAAGAAAUGAUGUGAGUCAUGGAUCAUGCUCCUGGUGA